GCAAGGUGGAAAGAAGUAGAUGAAGACAGCGUAUAUAGUGUGUUUGUUUCCUACAUUGAAAUCUACAAUAACUACAUCUAUGAUCUUUUGGAAGAGGUGCCUAUAGAUCCCAUCAAACCAAAAUGGAACACGCCGGGAAAGAAUGCAGAGUUUAUACCCCCACAGUCUAAGAUCUUACGGGAAAGACCAGAACCACAACAUGUAUGUUGCUGGGUGCACAGAAGUUUGAAGUUAAAACCACAGAAGAGGCAUUCGAUGUGUUUUGGAAAGGCCAAAAGAGGAGGAGAAUAGCGAACACUCAAUUGAAUCGUGAGUCUAGCCGCUCCCAUAGUGUCUUCAUAAUAAAGUUAGCACAAGCCCCACUGGAUGCGGAUGGGGAUAAUGUGCUGCAGG